CAGUGGGUUACUAGCACGUAUCGGAGGGGCUGCCCUAGGGCCGGCGGAAGUGCUCUGUGUUGUUGCCGGAAGUGGGAAUAGAAAGCCUGUGAUGGCGGCUGUAACUCGGCCCGAGGAGGUGCCGGUGGGCCGCGCGGAGGAGGAGCAGCCCCUAGCCGCGCCCGAGGAGCUGGCCGCUCAGAAGCGCGAACAGAGACUGCGCAAGUUCCGGGAGCUGCACCUGAAGCGGAAUGAAGCUCGUAAGUUAAACCACCAGGAAGUUGUUGAAGAAGAUAAAAGACUUAAGUUACCUGCAAACUGGGAAGCCAAAAAAGCUCGUUUGGAGUGGGAACUACAGGAAGAAGAAAAGAAAAAGGAAUGUGCAGCAAGAGGGGAAGACUAUGAGAAAGUGAAGUUGCUGGAGAUCAGUGCAGAAGAUGCAGAAAGGUGGGAGAGGAAAAAAAAGAGAAAAAACCCUGAUCUGGGAUUUUCAGAUUAUGCUGCUGCUCAGUUGCGUCAAUAUCAUCGGCUAACCAAACAGAUCAAACCUGACUUGGAAACAUAUGAGAGACUGAGAGAAAAGCAUGGAGAAGAGUUUUUCCCAACGUCCAACAGUCUUCUUCAUGGAACACAUGUGCCUUCCACGGAGGAAAUCGAUAGGAUGGUCAUAGAUCUGGAAAAACAGAUUGAAAAACGAGACAAAUAUAGCCGGAGACGUCCCUACAAUGAUGAUGCAGAUAUUGACUACAUUAAUGAAAGGAAUGCCAAAUUCAACAAGAAAGCUGAAAGAUUCUAUGGGAAAUAUACAGCUGAAAUUAAACAGAAUUUGGAAAGAGGAACAGCUGUCUAACCCCUUCAGGAACUGCUUUUAGAAGCUUGAGAAUGGAAUGAAAAUUUCUGCUAGCAAAUUAAAGUUCUAUUUUAAAGUUCUAUGAGUAAACCAGAACUCAGUCUCUGCCUUCCACUCAGCAUUUAGAAAUAAAUGUUUUUUCUUAAACGUAUACUUCCAUGUAUAUUCCCACAUUUUUGUGCUUGGCUAUAAAAAGUAAUUCAUGAUGUAGUGUACUUGUUUUGUAAAAAUCUACUUUGUAUAAAUUCUAAUUACAUUAUUUUUCUAGGUAUUUUAAAUGUGUAUGACUAUUGAAUCUUUGAAGCAUUUUGUGGGCUUAAGAUUCAGCCCAAGUAUGGCUGAAACAGGGAACAUAAGUGCUGGUAGCGUACAUAAGUGCAAUGUUUGUUGCUGUGAAUAUUUUUAUGAAUUUGAAAAAAUCUAGAGCUGGACUCAGGAACCAUCUGGGGUUGUAGACUGAGGAGGAAGGUGGCAGCAGUUACUGGAGGGCUGGUCCAGGCUCUACCCAUGGCUGCUUAUGACCAAGUUCAGGAGCACAGCUAUCCUCUCAUGAAUAUGGACCUCAUACAGCUCCCGUGGAAUAGAAUCCCUACUAAACACUUUUUUUAUCAUUUUAAAACAAAUAUUUGUAUAUGUGCAAACACAGAUAUGCUUCCAUUCCAUAAACAUUAAAAUUUUUUUCUAUUAUGGGAAAUUCCAAAUGUAUUCAAAAGUAGACUAAUACAAUGAGGCCUGUGUACCCAAUACCCAUCUGAGAUAAUCAACUCAUGGUCAUUGUUUCACCUUUAUCCACGUUUCCUUCUAUGACUUCCAUGUUAUUUUGAAGCAAAUAUUAAAUGUAUCAUUUCAUCUAUUUUUCAGUGUGUAUCUGAAAGAUGAAGACUUAAAAACAUUCAACAGUUAUAUUUUAAUAAAGGUUCAGAGAGAAA